UCAUCGUUUAUUCCUCCCUCGCAGGCAUCGAUCCCUCGCGACGCUCUCUAUUGAAACUAGGGUUUUGCUCAAACCCUAAGGAGUUGCCGGUUUCUCUUCGAAUCCAUGGAUCAAGAGGAGGAGGAGGGGAUCUCCGGGAUCCCAAACCCUAAUCCCCAUCAGGAUGGGGAUGUUGGAGGAGCAGUUGAUGUGGUGCCUUCGCUGUUGAUGGGUUCGCCUUCGUUGAUAGAUCCGGUGUUUGUUGGAGAGGAUGGAGCUCGGGCUUCUGAGCCGGAGGAGGUUUUUGGAGGUGAUGCGGCGGAAAAGGUGGAGCCUUUGGUGGGUGAUGCGUUGGAGGAUGGGAAGUCUUUGAUGGAUGUCUGGGAGGAGGAGAUGGGUCCGUUGGUCGAUGUUGUGAGGGAGAAAGAGGCGCGGCCCUUGGACGGGCUGGUGGAGGGGAGGAAAUCAUCAGCUGGUGAUUCCGCGGUGGUGGUAUCUGUGCCGGCGCUGGAUGGCGGGGAGGAGACGGAGCCUUUGGUGGGUGCUUCGACUGAAACUUUGGAAAAGGGGUGGAUCAAGCCUUUAGAGGAUAUGGUUGGAGAGGAGAGGAUUGAAGCCUUAGUGGAUAAGGUGGGGGAGGAUAAAAGGGAUCCUUUGGCAGAUGCCGUGACAAAGGAUGAAACAGAGAAGUCAGAUCCCUUAGGAGGUGCUCUGAAGGGUGAAGAUUGUCAGUCUCUAGAAAAUGUCGAGAUGGAGCCUUCAGUGGAUGCCAUGGGAGGACAGGAGAAGUCCUCUAUGAAUGGUGUGAUGGCGGAGGGAACUGAAUUGUUGGCAGGGGCAACAGAACCUGUGGCAGAUGCUGUGAAGGAGACAGCAGAACCUUUGUUGGAUUCUGUGGAAGAGGAGGUAGCAGAACCUUUGUCAAAUGCUGUGGAAGAGGAGGUUGAAGAUGUUGUGGAAGAGGUGGCAGAAGAACCUUCGGUGGAGUAUAAGACAGAGGAGGAAGCAGAAACCGUGAUGGAUUCCACGGUGGAGGUAGCUGCCGAACCUUUGAUGAAUUCUGUGGCAAAGGAAGCAGUGGAGCCUUUCAUGGAUUCUGCUGCGGAGGAGACUGCAGAACCACUCAUGAUGGAUUCUGUUGCAGAAGAGGCAGCAGAACCACCCUCGAUGGAUUCCAUUGUGGGGGCAACAGAGCCCUUGAUGGAUUCCGUUGGGGAUGGGGCAGCAGAACCACCCUCGAUGGAUUCUGUUAUGGAGGCAACAGAGCCCUUGAUGGAUUCCGUUGGGGAUGGGGCAGCAGAACCACCCUCGAUGGAUUCCAUUAUGGAGGCAACAGAGCCCUUGAUGGAUUCUGUUGGGGAGGUGGCAGCAGAACCACCCUCAACAGAUUCUGUUGCGGAGGAGGUAGCAGAGCCCUUGAUGGAUUCCGUGGUGGAGAUGGCAGCCGAGCCCUUGAUGGAUUCUGUGGUGGAGGCAGCGGAUUCCUUGAUGGAUUCCGUGGAGGAGGAGGCAGAGGAACCUUUGAUGGAUUCCAUGGAGGAGGAGGCAGCAGAACCGUUGAUGGAUCCCAUAACAGAGAAGGCGGUAGAACCCUUGAUAAGUUCCAGGUUGGAGGAGGCAGCAACCACCUUGGAAGAUUCCAUGGUAGAAGGGGCAGCAGCACCCUUGGAGGAUUCCAUGUUGGAGGUAGCAGCACCAUCUUUAGGGGAUUUCAUGGUAGAGGAUGUUGAACCCUUUGCAGAUACCAUGAUUGGGGAGGAUGCAGAGCCCCCAGCGGUGAGUGCUAAAAAGGGUGCAGGGAAGCGUAAGCGUGGCCGGCCACCAAAAACUCAGUCAACCAGGAGCCUUUCCAAGAGGAAAGCGGAGGAAGAUGUCUGUUUCAUAUGCUUUGAUGGGGGCAACCUCGUGGUUUGUGAUAGGAGGGGUUGCCCAAAGGUGUAUCACCCUUCUUGUGUCAAUAGAGAUGAGGCAUUCUUCCGCUCAAAAGGCCGGUGGAACUGUGGUUGGCAUAUAUGUAGCAUCUGUGAGAAGACUGCCAGCUAUAUGUGUUAUACUUGUACAUAUUCCUUGUGCAAAGGAUGCGCUAAAGAAUCUGCGUUUGUAUGCAUCAGAGGGAAUAAAGGCUUGUGCCCGACGUGUAUGAGCACUGUGAUGCUGAUUGAAACAAAUCAACAUGCAAACCAGACAAUGUCUGCAGUAGAUUUUGAUGAUAAAACCAGUUGGGAGUUCUUGUUUAAGGACUAUUGGUUGGAUUUGAAGGGAAAAUUAUCAUUGACACUUGAAGAAUUGAAUGGAGCUAAAACUCCAAGGAAGGAAUCUAAUGUUACUGUUGGUAAUGAUGAAUCCUCUGAAGAAUUGUAUGAUGCGAAUGCUGACCAGGUUGGCAGUUCAGAUAGCUCUUCUGAACGCCGCCAAGUUAGCAAUUCCUCGAGAAAGAAGUUAAAAAAAGGCUCACGAAACACUGCUAAGAAUGAUACUCCGACAGGAGGAACUUUUAGGGAAGAGAUGGCACAUCCUGACGACACUGAUUGGGCUUCAAAUGAGCUUCUAGAAUUUGUUGCACACAUGAAAGGUGGUGACAAAUCUUUGCUAUCCCAGUUUGAUGUUCAGGCUCUUUUACUUGAAUAUAUCAAACAAAAUAACCUUCGUGAUCCUCGUAGAAAAAGUCAGAUCAUUUGUGAUGCAAGGCUUCAAAGUCUGUUUGGUAAACCAAGAGUUGGCCAUUUUGAGAUGCUGAAGCUUUUAGAAUCUCAUUUUCUUAUGAAAGAGGUCGCACAACCUGUAACAGAUGAUAGUCAAGGAGGUGUUGUAGACCCUGAUUCAAGCCCAGUGGAUGCUGAUGGAAACAGUGAUGCGUCAACAAGAUUGAGCUUUGAUAAGAGACGAAAAGCUCGUAAAAGAACUGAUGAGAAGGAACCUCAGACCAAUCUAGAUGAUUAUGCUGCAAUAGAUGUUCACAACAUUAGUUUGAUGUACCUGAAGCGUAAUCUAAUGGAAGAUUUGAUUGAUGAUGCUGAGUUCAGUGAGAAAGUUAUUGGAUGUUUUGUAAGAAUUAGGAUUUCAGGAGCAAGUCAGAAACAAGAUAUGUAUCGUCUAGUUCAGGUUGUUGGCACACGGAUGGCAGGAGAAAAAUAUAAAACUGGGAAGAAGAUGACAGACAUCAUGUUAGAGAUAUUAAAUUUAGACAAGACAGAGGUUGUAACUAUUGAUGUUAUCUCCAAUCAGGAUUUCACUGAGGAGGAAUGCAAGCGCUUACGACAGAGCAUAAAAUGUGAAUUGAUUGGUCGUCUGACAGUGGGAGAUGUUCAGGAGAAAGCUAGAGCUCUUCAGACUGUGCGAGUCAAUGAUUGGUUGGAAAAUGAGAAGUCACGACUAGGUCAUCUUCGUGACCGUGCAAGUGAAAAAGGCCGCCGAAAAGAACUUAGGGAAUGUGUAGAAAAGCUGCAGCUUCUGAAUACCCCUGAGGAGCGAAUGAGAAGGCAAAAUGAUGUCCCUGAUAUACAUUCUGACCCACAUAUGGACCCAGGUUAUGAAUCUGCUGAGGAAGAACCAGAUGAUAAGAGACGAGACACAUAUUUGAGGUCAAGGGAGUCCUCAUCUCUGAGAAAAGCAAGGGAGGCUGGCUAUUUAGGAAAAGGAGGUUCUUCAAGCAGUACCUGGAAUGAGCGCAAAGUAUUAGAGACCAGCUCUGAACAAGCAGCAGGUUCUCGGGACAGAGUUGAGUCUCAAAGGAAAGACGUGAGCCAACUAAAUGUGCAAUCCACCCCGGCCAAUUUGGAGACUGGUGUUUGGAACCAACUUGGGAAAAAACCAGGACAAUCAUCUGAUAUUCCCAGUGAAACUAUGCCGGCAUCUUUACCCACUGGGAUGGUGAUUCAACCUGUUGUCAAUGAAACUGAAAAGAUAUGGCACUACAAAGAUCCAUCAGGCAAAAUACAAGGGCCCUUUUCAAUGGCUCAGCUGAGAAAAUGGAGUACAACUGGAUAUUUCCCUGAAAAAUUGAGGAUAUGGAAGACAUCUGAGAAGCAGGAUGACUCCAUAUUGUUGUCAGAUGCCAUGAAUGGAAAGUUUCUUAAAGAUCCACCGCCUCAUGAGCCUCAACUUAGUGUCUUUUCUCAGUCAGGAAGGGUAACUUCUGUGACAGAAAAUAGGGGAAAUUCUGCUUCUUUAUGGACUGACAACAGACAGACUGGAAGAAACUUAAGAACUCCAAAUGAUGUGAGCCCCCUGGCUACUGGUAAUCUCGAAAUGGCAAAAGCUGAUAAGUGGGCUUCACAGCCAACUAUAUGGUCGCCUUCUAGCAGAGAAGCUUUAGUGAAUACCAGUGCUUUGUCCAGGCAAGUUCAAGGUCAUGAUAGCCCAAAAUCGUUAGCUUCACUUUCUGGGAAUUCUUCUCGCUCAUCGUCCUAUCAAGAGAGAGGUGUUCCUGGAGGAAAUGCUGGAGAACAGAUGGGUCAUAGAAAUUCAUGGAGUUCGAACAGACCUACUGGAGAACAGAAAGCCCAAGCAACAUUUGACGCUUCCAAACCAUGGGGAAAUGAUCCUUCUAGCCUUCCAACUCCCACUCCUCAAGCAACCAGCAUGGUGUGGACUGGGUCUCAAGCUGCUCUAAAUAGUUCUGCUGUUUCAGUUCAACAUUUGAUGAAUACUGGCUGGGGUACCACUCCUGAUGCUGCUGCAGGAUGGGGUUUAAGCAGUCUUUCUAGUGCACCGAAGGAAACUGAAGUUGGGCGGAGUUUGGUUUCACUUCCUAUUACAUCUUUGUCUGAUUUCCAGGCAUCCCAUCCACAGGUAAGCCCACUUGAUGUGGCAGGUGUUUUGAGGAGCCAGUUAAACUCUGAGCCACUCCCUGCAGAUAACAUGUCCCCUGUAAAAAAUCCAAUAGUAUUUUCUGGACCCAGCUCAAGGGAGAUCUGUGGAAGGAAUCAGUUCUUUGAAAGUGAUUGUCCGAGCCCGACUCCAAAAUCUGAACAAACUGCAGAUGACAUUUUGAGCUCUGAAUACAGUCAGCAAACUUCCCUGAAUGGAAGGCAAAUGAUACCUCAAGAUGGUGGAAGAUCAGAUUCUGUUUAUGGCUUGUUUUCUGAAGGUGGUAACUUGCCAUCAAGAUCUGAUAGUUUAACUGAAAGCUGCGCCAAUGUAGUUCACAAUGUAUCUGCAGAUGCUAGGAUUAAAGCUGAAACCAAUGCUCUGGACUCUGCUUCAUCUCAUAGAUCAGAAGUUUCUACAGUCCCCCAGGUACACCCUGAUAUGAAGAGUGGUGAGUGGUCAAUGCCAUCUCCCACUCCAACCACAGCUCCUUCUGGAUGGGGUUCUGGCAUUAACUCAACCACCAGGAGCAACAAUCAAAUUAGUCAAUAUGCAACUUCUGAUGGUUCUAAGAUGCUGACAACUUCUCAAUUGACAGCAAAUGCGUCUAAUGAAACCGCACAGCCAUCAGUGAAAGACGUCCAGAACACAGGUUGGUCAGUGCCGACACCAAAUUUAAAUGCAAACAUGGGGCAAGCACAGGGAACUGGUAAUGUCGGAGCAAUGGUUCAAGGAAGUCUAAACCCCGGUUGGGGAAUGGUACCGCAGAACAAUGUCAAUAUGGCUUGGGGAAUACCUGCCCAAGGCAAUUCAAACAUGAAUGUGGGUUGGUCAACACCAACACAGGUAAAUACCAAUGCCAAUUUGGCUUGGGGAUCAUUGCCUCAAGGAACUAUGAUUGCUAAUACUGGUUUGGGCACACUAACACAAGGAGUUACUACGAUGAUGCCGACUCAAGGAUAUCCGAAUCCCCAAUCCGGUUGGGGAACACCAACUCCGGCAAACACAAAUCAAAACCCCAGUUGGGGAACAACUGGCCAGGGAAACACAAAUGCAAAUGCAAAUGCAAAUGCAAAUGCAAAUGCAAGUUUGGGUACGAACCAAACGUGGGAUCCUUCAUCUGGUAGCUCAAGCUGGAGCAUGCAGCAGAAACAGGGCGGAGAUGGUCAUUCUGGGCAGGGCGACCGGGGUUUCCAGAACAAUGACUCCGGGCAUGGUGGUGGUGGUGGUGGUGGAAGACAAUCAUGGAGCCGGUCACACUCUGGCGGUGGAGGAUCUCGAGCUCCCGCUAGAGGACAGAGAGCAGGCGUCUGCCGAUUCCAUGAGAACGGGCAUUGCAAGAAGGGGGCUAACUGCAACUAUUUUCAUUCAUGAUAGGUCCCGUUUUGCAUUUGUUUAAAUGAGUAGCAUUUCAGUAUCAUGUACAGUAUGUUGCUUAUUUCAUUAGGUGUAACUUUGAGGUAAUCUUGUUUCAUGAAGAUGAAGUACUCAUGCUACGCAGGUGCUCUAAAAA